AUGGUCUGUGAGUCGAGUGUCUGCUCUCCACCGCCAAGGAGAGCCUGCGUGUGGCUGCUCUGUCCUCCGUGGGAGCUUGGCGGACACCGCCAUGGCCUGUUCUGUGUGGGGGAAGUAACCAGGGUCUGGAGGACAGGGAACCAUGCCCAGGCUUCUGGGGCCUUGUCAGCCCACCCCUGUGCCCAGAAGCUCUGUGGCAUCAGCCUUCAUGAACUUGGUCGGCUGCAGCAAGAGGUCUCGGGGCUCCGAGAGGAGUUCAGGAGGCAGGAGGCCCUCUGGGCAGCCACGCACCGUGAGCUCCGGGCCCAGAUGGACGCGCUGGUGAAGCAGAACCUGGAGCUGUGGGCUGGGCCUCUGGCCUCGGAGAGGCGGCGCCUGGAGGCCAAGCGGAGCGCGGCAGGCUCGGUGCACGUGAGAAGAUGCUCAGACACUCAGGUGUCAGAGUCUACUGUCGGAAAAAUGUCCCCUCUGCCAGCUGAUGCAGGGAUAACGCUGAAACAGGCUGGCCGAAGUCACAGUGCAGCGCUCCUAGGACUGCCGUCAGGGAAGCCAAUAAGCAGAGAGACAGAGAAAACUGACUCAGGAAAACCAAUACCAUGUGAAGAUGGCGAUAAAGCUCUUUCCAGAAAUCUUCAAGACAGACAUGCAAAGCCUCCUGGGAGGGAACAAGCCUCUGAAGAAAGGCCAGCCCUGUCUGAGGAUGCAAAGGUGUUCCAACGAUCACCCCAAAGUCUGCAGAAAUGGAGCGGCAGGAGGUCCCCAGCACCAGCUGCUCUUGCAGUCGCCCCCCAGGACCACCGAGCCAAGGACGACCCGGACACACGCUCCUCGCCCUCCGGGAGGGACGCAGACAGGCCCCGCGCCCGGACCCCGACGGAUGAGCCCACGUGUCCCUCGCCAGGCAUCUGCGAGGAGCCACAGGUGGGUGGGGCACUCAGGGACACCUGUAAAAUGGACACUUUCUCAAAAGGCACCGAGGAGGAUGUGCGUGCUGAGAAGAAGGCCGCCGCCCCACGGCGUUCUAACCGGGACGUGUGGGAGAGUCCACCAGACACCAGACUGACACAUUCUGCCGGGGCUCGGACAGCACAUACGGCACAUCGCCGGCCUCUGGAAGUCGGGCGCGUUCCCAACAAGCAGACAGAAAAAGUCUGCUCUGACGGCUCAAAGGAAAUCAUGUUUCCAGAUGGGACGGUGUGGCGACUGAAUGAUGGACGCGAGGAGACUGUAUUCCCGGAUGGGACCAUUGUGAGUGUGGAGAGGAAUGGUGACAAGACCAUUGUGCUCAGCAACGGUCAGCGGGAGAUCCACACGGCCCAGUUCAAGAGGAGGGAGUACCCUGAUGGCACCACCAAGACUGUGUACCGUGACGGCCACCAGGAGACCAAGGACGUGUGUGGGAGGGUCAAGGUCAGGGAUGAGGCUGGAAACAUCAUACUGGACAGGAAGUAG